UUUGUGGUAGGUAUUAUAUUAUUUUCUUUUUCAAUUCUUCAAAAAAAUUGAAGGAUUUCCUAACAUUAAUCGUUUCUAGCUUCUUGCAUUGUAUAUACACUUACCAUCAUGAAAAGUUUCAAUUUCAAUAUCCAUGAUAUGAAGAUUGACUUCAAUGAUGCAAAAAUUUUGACGAAAGCAUGUUUUCAAUAUUUGAUGAAAACAUGUUAUCAAUGGGCAAAAGACCAUCCUCUUGUUACUAGUGUUCUAUUAUUCUUCUACCUUUUGUAUAUUUUCUUCCCUUCCCUCUUUGGCGUUCUUUUCUAUGCAUUUCCACUCGUAAUUUGUCUUGCAAUUCUUCAUGGAGGACCGCAGUUUAGCUUUGAAAAUCAUCGAUACAACACGAAGAAUGAUAAUGUAGCCAACGCUAGAAGUGUUUGUGACUUCACAUCGAUUGAUCAUAAUAAUAAUCGUGACCCUUGUCUACAAACCCGAAUGAGUAAAAGAACAUUUACGAAGGUAGAAAAAAACUCACAAAGUCCUACAAGUAUUAGUCCUAAUCGUUCUGACACGGAAUCACAAAGUGAAGAAGACGAGGCAAACGAUCAAGAGAAAAAUAAGCUCGUGGUAGAAUGGACAGAUUAUGAUCAAAAAAAUUUAAUGGAUCUUGGUUCAUCGGAGAUAGAAAGGAAUAAGAGACUAGAAAGUUUGAUAGCAAAGCGAAGGGCACGUAAGAUGUUUAGUAUGCAACCUAGGAGGAAUAAUUUGUACUCGUUUGAUCAACAUGAUCAAAUAGACCACCAAGUUAUGGGUUCUAUUAUCGUGUCGAGAGAAGAUAUUGAAAAUUGUGAUCAUCAACCGGGGUCAGCGCCUUCUGUAUUGCUUCCUACACGAAAUCCUUUCGAUCUUCCUUACGAUCCACAUGAGGAGAAACCUAUUCUUACAGGUGGUAGUUUUGACGAAGAGUUCUUUUUUGAUGAACAACAUAGAGAUUUGUUGAAGAAUCAUUUUACUUUGCGUAAUAAUAACCGCGACUUUAGUUUAAUGGAUGAAUUUAAGGAUAACCAUCAUGUUCUUCCUAGCUUUUUUACAAGACCAAGGGUGAUAUCAUCAGAUAAUACAAGAAUAACGCGGUUUAGAAGGGAGUCUGAUGCAGAAGAAAGACUUAAAGAGAUCGUAGACGAACUAUCAAUGAGAGAAGAGAAUGAUCAAGCAAGAGAUCAACAUGAAGAGUCUCCUCAAGAAGUUCAACAAAACCGAAUUCAGAGUGAUAAUCAUGACGAAGACCCAAUUUUUGAAAAUCCUUUUGCCACCAAUAAUGAGAUUAUAGGCUCUAAUCACUUUGCAAAUCUAAGAGGGAACAAAGAAAUAGAAGUACUAGCCAACACAAAUGAUGAAGAUCAUCACAAUAUUGUGCACAUGGAAUUAGAAUCAAUUUGUUCUUCUACAAGAGAUGAUCAUGUUCAACCCACACAAGACCAUGACGUAUUGUCUGAUUACAAGGGACAUGUCGACGAUGAUGGCGGAGAGAGUUCAUCAUCGUCAUCUUCAGUCGAUAUUAGGGCUCGUUUCAAUGCAACCAAGAAUGAGGCGUUUAGAAACUCGGUAAGAAAGGUCCUUACUUGCUUGGCAGCAUUCCCUAGGAACAAAGGCUUGUUACAACCAAGUGAUCUACGUGAUAUCCUAACAUGCAACACUAGUCCUACCGAUGUUACAACUACUAAGAUGCAGGAACGAUCAUUUUACACUAAGUCAGACGUAUCAGUUGCAUCAUCUGACUUGCAAGUCGAGGUCUCAGAAGUUGGGUCCCCACCAAUGGCAGUUGUGGAAGCAAACUCUCCAACUGAUCAUGAAUCGUACGAUGGAGACGUCGACAAAGAUGUUAAUUCAAUAGAUGACGAAGAGUUAUGGGGUGUGUCACCCCAUCCAACCAAACUAGGUGGGUUUGGAAUGAACUUUAAGCUAAAUGAUAGUUUAAUGGAAGAAGAGAAGGAAAAUCGAAUGGCCAUAAACUUAUGUAAUAAUAUUGGUGUCCAUAAUAAUAAUGAAUGUGAUCCAUCACAUGCAUUAAGGUUGAUGGAGGUGGAAGAGGGAGGCGACGAUGAUCAACGAACUACACUGACGAGGGUAGUUUCGUCAUUAUCCCCACGGUAUACAUUUCCUAUCGAGGGUAAGAAAAAACUUGAUGUAGAUCUCCAGAGUACUAAUGGAGAUAUUUUGGAGUCUGGGUCAUCAUCAUCAUCAUCAGAGAGUUUGACAUCUCAAAUGCAUAAUAAAGCAGAACAUCUUGUAGAGUAUUUGGCAAAUAUACCUCCUAGUGAAUGUGGCUCUAAUUUUUUAGAGGAUGUGGAGCGAUCAUCUCAUGUUAGAGAGCCAAGCACGAGGGAGAGAAUUCAGGAUGAGUCGAAUUCAAUAUCCGCGAUUGGUGACAACACAGAAGACUUGAAAGAAGGAUCUCAAGGAAGUAGUGACAUUUCAGAAGAAAAUACUUUUACAAGCCUAAUACAAGCAGAAAAAGAGAAAAGCUCGACUUCUAAUGAAUUUCAUGCAUAUGAUCAAGGUUCAUUCAUUACUCAACAAAAUGAACACCUAAGAAGAAUAGAGGAUGAAAGUGGAGUUUUAGGAGCAAACGAGAAAGAAACGAAUUCUAGGCCAAAGGAAGUAAUUUCUGAUUCAAACUCUACUACCUGUCAAGAAGAUAUCUUGGAUCAAUUGAGAUUGGAAGAUGAUAUGAAAAUUAAACCACAAAUUCCUCUCCAAGAUCGAUGAAAUUAAAGACAAAAUCAUGUACUUAAUACCAAAUUAUUCAUGUACAUAAUUGCAUUGUGUAACAUAGGUACACCCGUGAAUACCCUUCAUACUAUUAACGAUCUCAAGUUAUAUGACAAUGGAUAUAUAGGAUGAUGAUUCGAUUUCACAAGAGAAUACUAAAGAAACCAACCUUCCCUCAAAUGAAUCAAAGGGCGAUAGGAUCAAAGACAACAUGCCUCAAUUAGCGAAAGUAUAACAUGUUGAUAAGGUGAUACUGAGCUCAAAUGAGGCAAUUAACCAGGAGAAUGUGCCAAAAUAAUAAGCUAUACUUUUAGAUUGGAAAAUUCAAGUUAGAAAUGCAUCACAAGUUAUAUUCAAUGAUUAGCCAAGAAACACAACAUAUUGUCAACCUUUAUAGCACAUGAGAUUGAGAAAAUGUAUAAAAUAUCCGAAUGUAAUUUUAACUUUUCGUUUAAUUUUGGAGGUGUUGUCAAACAAAAAGAAAAAAAAUAACGUAUGUGCUAGCUUAGUCAAUGCCUCAAUGGUUUAGGAGUUACAUGAGUAUGCCGCAAUGUAUACUUAUACAAUGUAGUAGUUCCAACUAAGCUAGAGAGUAGGAAAAAAACCCAAAAUUUCCCAUUUAAAUUCCCUUUGAGAGGGACCAUAGAUUCACAAUAAUAACUAUUUUUCCGAAAAUAAUAAAUGGGAAUUUUGUCGUAAAUCCCCAAAUCUCUACGAUUUUAGAAAAUAUAUGUAAUGCUUAUGUGCAUAUGCAUUUAUUAGGGAUUGUAUGAUUAUAUCUUUUUUUUUCUAAGCAAUGCAUUUUUUGUGUGUG